AUGAUCCAGCCGGACGAUAAGAUCCUCAUUGUUGGCGCUGGGUGCUUUGGGCUAUCCACAGCAUCGCAUCUGCUCAACAGGGGUUUCAGUGACAUAACUAUCUUGGACAAGGCCGCAUCGCUCCCCGCUGCAGAUGCGGCAAGUUAUGAUCUUAACAAAAUUGUUCGCACGUCGUACGAUGAUGUGUUCUAUACGAAAUUAGCACAAGAAGCCAUCGCCCAGUGGAAAACCGAAGAAUGGGGUGAUACGUAUCAUGAAUGCGGCGUUCUGGUGCUCGGCCACUCAGAUGAUAAACAUUCAUAUUCGUCCCAGUCAUAUGUCAACGACAUCUCCGUCGGCGCACGCGUCGCUGUCGUGGAGAACAGCACGGAGAUCCGGAAUAAGGGCAUGUUCCCUGACGGUGUCCGGGUGGCUAGCCUGCAAAACACGGCCGGGUACCUGAACUACGAUGGGGGAUGGGCCAAUGCGGCGCAAGGCAUCGAGCUCUUGACAAGCAAGAUCCGUGCUCGGGGUGGAAAGUUUGUGCCAGGUAAAGAAGUGUGUAGGCUGGUGAGGAACGCAGAAGAUGGGAGGACGAGGGGGGUGGAAUGCUGUGACGGGUCCGUGUUCGAUGCGGAUUUAGUGAUCAUCGCGGCUGGCGCGUGGACGGCUUCUUCCUUUCCCCAGCUGCAAUUAAAGGAAAAGUGUUUGGCGACUGGGCAAUCCGUAGCGACAAUUCAACUGACCGCUGAGGAAGCUCAGGUUUACAGACGAUGCCCUGUCGUGCUGAAUUUCAGCACCGGCUUCUACGUCUUUCCCCCGAACCAAGACAACGUCGUAAAAAUGGCCUUGCAUGCUGCCGGGUAUACAUAUGUCCCUCAGCAACAUGAUACAUCAUCGCCAUCCAAUGACCUAGGCAUCUCGACUCCACGAACCAUCUCCAACGCCAAUGAAAAUGGCUUGCGUAUCCCGAAAGUGGUGUUGGCGCAACUGCGUGCCCACCUUCGAGAAGUAUACCCGGAUCUUGCUGAGAAACCUUUCCUCGGGACCCGUUUGUGUUGGUACAACGAUUCGCCAGACGGUGAUUGGGUCAUAGGUUUCCUCCCAGAUGAUCCAGCGGUCAUGUUGGCGACUGCGGGGAGCGGGCACGCUUACAAGUUCUUCCCCGUCAUAGGGAAGCUGGUUGCUGAUGCAAUCGAAGGAAAGUUGGAGCCGUUGCUUGCUUCGAAGUUCGCUGUAGAUCGCAGGCAUUCAGAUGUCGAUCGAUCAAGAUAUGGGCAGACCGUCGAAGUGCUGCAUCUAGAUAGUCUGUGCACGCCGGAGGACCUCCGCCCGUAG